AUGUCGACGUACAGCGAGCGCUACGACGACGCGCUUUCCAAAGCCCCUUGGGUGGCCAAGACUUCCAACGGCCGCACCCUUCUCUUCAAAAACGCUCCUUACCCCGAACGCAAAGGGUAUCUGUUCGCGGCAACAGAUCUCGAGACCGUCUAUUUCGAGGCGCUGCUCGGCGCGUCGGUAGCAACGCGUCUCGCCCAGGUCUCGGAGAGGGAAGGAAAAGAGACUGAUGCUGGAAUGGAGCAAGCUGAGGCCGCGUUGAGGUCGCUGGCCGACGCGUUUGAAGGGGGUUGGGGGAACGCAAGCGUGGAAGCCGAAACGGACGAUUAUUUCGACGCCGUCUACUUCCUCCGCUCUGGAGAUUUCGCGUGGCAGUUCAAUAUGACCGAGAUGCGGGGGAGGCAGCCGCUCACUUUCAUCGCCAAGCACCUUCUCUCGCCCUUCAGCGUGCUCAUGGCCCAGGACCGCGGUGUAGAGCCAGCCGACCCCGAGCGCCCAGUGGACGCUGUCGCGGCUGUGCUCUCCGACAGCGGAGUUGCCCGUGCGUUACGACGCGUGACAGGUGCGCCGCCGCCGGCCUCGGGCAAGGCUACAGCCGCCGUCCCAGCAUCACAUAGACUCACACCGGUGCCGAAGAGGGAGCGCACCAUCCCGCCAGCUACGCCGUCCGCGGCGACGCCGGCAAUCACCCCGUCGCCUGAGCGGACGCCUUUAGCCCGCCCACCUACCCCGCCCAGAGCAUCUGCCUCCCAGGCUUUACCACCCAUGAUUCCGCCCUCCUCCCCGACUCCGGCAGCCAAACGCACACGUGCUUACGACUAUGCCGCAGGUAUCCUUCCCUCUUCCGGACCUGUCUCGCGUGGGGCUAGCACCGAACCGGGACGGUCGCGCAGCACGUCCCCGCUGAAGCGCGUCCUAGUUGCUGAGAGCACCGGCCUGCCUCCCAGUGUGCCGCCCAUCCCGCCGUCUGACCCGCCGUCAUCGGCCUCCGACCUGCCCUCGAGCACGCAGGAUCCGCUGAUCCCGACCCAGAAGAAGAAGAAGAGGAAGGACAAGAAGGCCGAGGAGGCAGAAGAGGAGGCUGAAGCGGAUAAGCGACGUGCCGAAAUGAAGCGGCGGAUGGCCGCAGGUGGAGGUGGGCGGCUGGGACGCCGGCGGUAG